GUGAUUAGUUGCACAAUGAAAUUCGCAGUAUUUGCCCUCAUUGCCAGUUUGUGCCUUGUGGCUGUUGCCGCCAAAGCCACUGGAGACUUCAUGAUCGAAAAUGAAGAAAUUCAGGAAUAUGAAUAUAUUGCCCAAGAAUUAGCCGAUGAAAUUAUGGAAAUUGAACCCCAGACAAUUUUUAAUGGAAUGUACUAUGUCUUGAAGAAAGUAUUAAAAACCCUCAAUGGCGUCAAGUGCACUGUUGAAGAAGUUUUGAGAAUCCAAGUUGCUUCUCAUACUUUCCUUACCGAUAUUCAUGCCUGCGGUGGUGAAGUUAACCAGAAAGUUCAAAAUUUGAUCAAUGCUGUUAAUGAUAUUAUUGAAACUUGCAAGGCUAUUAUUGGCAUUAGCGAAAGUGUCUGCGCUAAUGAACAAGGUACCAGAGGUGUUGUUUCGGGUGUGAAAACUUCUCACAAAUGUGCUGCCAAUAUGUUGCGUAAACUUCUUAGAUUGAACAAACAAAUUAAACGCGCUUUGAAAUUGAUCUAUCAAAUCAAGAAGGUUCCCGGUGAUACCAGCAAAUGUGUUUUAGAUGCUGUUGACCAAUUGGAAAAAUAUUUCACUGAAUUCCCAGCAAACAUUAAAGCCUGCACCAAUACUCCCUCUUACCAAUCUUAGGUUUAUGGAAAUUAUAUUU